AAAAUCACUUACAGCGAAUUUUGUUUCCUUAGUUAAAAAUAUUGUGCAUAAUAUUCCUUCACCGAAAUCAAACUCUAGGGUUUUUAUCAUUUCCAUGGCUUCUCGCGCCCAUCUCGACGAUGACGACGAUUUCGGUGGUGAUUUUUCCGGUAGCCACAAUACGAGACGUUCAGGUAACAAGAGAAGCUUCGGUGAUAUUGACGAUGAUGAGGACGAUAUAUUUUGUUCGAAUAAGAGUAAUUCAAACAUAGAAGAAACUGCGCCUGGUGUUGCAACUGGGAUGAUUUUGUCUCUUCGGGAGAGUCUUCAGAACUGUAAGGACACACUAGCAACAUGCCAAUCGGAGCUUGAAGCUGCAAAAUUGGAGAUUCAAAAGUGGCAUUCUUCAUUUCAAAAUGAACCUUUCAUGCCAGCUGGGACAUCUCCUGAGCCUAAAUUAGUCAUCAAUUAUCUUCAGACCCUAAAGUCAUCUGAGGAGGUGAUGAAAGAACAGCUAGAGAAAUUAAGGAAAAAGGAAGCUGCAGUCAUUGUACAGUUGGCAAAACGGGAACAGGAGAUAGGGGACUUGAAGUCUGCUGUCCGGGAUUUGAAGGCUCAGCUUAAGCCACCAUUGAUGCAGGCGAGGCGGUUGCUGCUAGAUCCAGCCAUUCAUGAAGAAUUUAGACGUCUAAAGAAUUUGGUCGAGGAGAAGGACAAAAAGGUGAAGGAACUCGAGGAAAAUAUAGCUGCUGUUGCUUUUACUGCAAAUAGCAAGAUGGGUAAAGCAUUGAUGGCAAAGUGUAAAACCCUGCAAGAGGAAAAUGAUGAGAUUGGCCGUCAAAAUGAGGAAGGAGAGACACAUCAGUUGCAAUUGAAACUUGCUUUGCAGAAAUCUCAAAAUGCUGAGCUUAGAAGUCAGUUUGAAGGACUCUGCAAACAUAUGGAGGGAUUAACAGAUGAUGUUGAAAGAUCAAAUGAAACGGUGCUGAUCUUACGAGAGAAGCUGCAGGAGAAGGAUUGUGAAAUUGAAAGGCUAAAGCAGGAGUUGCAGCAGAAGAGCAUUGUGGAGGAGGAUAAAACUGAUUCACUUUCUGAUAAGAAAAUUAUCAACAACAUAACCGAAUCUGGGGAAGCUGUAAAAACUGAAAUGUAGACUUAGCAAUUUUGUAGGAUAUUAUUAUUAUUAUUAUUUUUUAUUCCCCAUGUCUGUACAAUGUACAUUAAAUAGUUUCUUUGAUUUGUUAGUAAUUCUUGAAUCUAAUUUGUCCUUUGGCUGCCUUCUUUCCGGAGUGGCCCUGCAUUAUGCUAGUAAAAUAUGCUUCCCUCUCAA